CAUUAUAUAUGCAUGUUAUGUUUAGAACAUGAUUUUCAAAUAGUAAACAAUAUCAACAUCACACAAUCAUGAGUUGGUUUGAUACAAGCUCUUUUUCAAAAUAUUCUAAGUUUGCAAAGACUGCUUUGAAGCAAGCGCAACAGAAUAUUGAUAAAGUUCUUGAUAUCAAUGACGACACUGUUCCAAACACUGUUUUGCUGAAGAAGUCAAAUGAUGAACCAAGAACUUCUACGCCUAAAACAUCAGCAGUUGAGUCAAAGACAGAAAAUAACACAGAUAAUUUUUUCGAUUCGUUUCUUACGGAUAAUAAAAACAAAGCAAAGAUAUCAGACAUAAAUUCUACACCAUCUCAAAAGCAAAGUAAUCAAGAAGAAGCAGUGCUUGUGCAGAAGGUAGAUGUGGCAGAUGGCAAAGUUCCAAGAAGAACGAAAUUAAAAGACAGACCACGAAAAAAACUAGGUUUUAAAUCUAAAGAUACUAAAAUAUCUUCUAAGGAAGAGAAACAGGACAACAGCACAGAUGGUGAUGCAAAUGAUUCAAGUUUAGUAGACAAUGUGAUUUCACCGUGUAAUGAAAACGCUGAGCAAUUACAAAAAGUCUCUGUGAAUUAUAAAAAUAUAAAUAAUGAUGAAGAUAUUGAUGUAGGUGAUAACUUAAACUUAAAAUCAAGAGACUUGCAAAUAAACGAACAAAAAGAGAAUUUACCAGUAACGGGUACUACUUCAACUUUUGAAGAAAACUACACACAUGCAUUGGAAGAUAUUAAAAAAACUGAUCUUACACUUUAUAAGAGCUGUGUGGAUGAUACGACAAGUGAUGUCGUUGAAGAUAUAUUAGCUGAUGAAAACUUAGAUAAAAAUAAAAUAGAUGAAACUGAGAGUAAGAAAAAAGAAGCUGAGGAACAAUUGGUUUUGAACAAUGAUACAGAAAAACAUGUUGAAGCAAAUGGAUUUAUUGAGCAUGAACAAGAACAAGAAAAUGAUGAUUCACCGUCCAUGGAAAUCUGCAAUAGUAAACUUGAAGGUCUUGAUGUUUCUGAUGACAAAAUAUUGUGUUUACAAAAGGAGGUUGAGAAUCUGAAGAGUAUCAUUGAUGCUCGUGAGAGAAAAAUGGUGGAAUUGAGUAAAGAGAAUAUUAGCUUGCAGGAAUCUGCUUCUAUUUAUAAGAAUCAACUUGACCAAUUGGAAAAUACAACGUCACAGGAUGACUCCGAGAUGAAUGAACUUCGAGAAGAAUUUACAAAAAGAAUUGGAGAAUCGGACAAGAAACUGCAAGCAGCUGUCAAGGAUCGUGAUUAUUAUAAAAACAAGUUAAUAGAAACAGAGGAAAGAUUAACACAAAGUGCUAACGAGCAGGUAUCUGCAUUAAGUCAGUCACUUAUCGAGAAAGAAGACACAAUCAAAGGCUUGUUGGACGAAGGAGAAGCAUUAUCGAAAAAAGAACUAGACGCGAACAAUCGAAUAAAAAAAUUACGUGUGAAAUUAAAAGAUAUCACAAAGAAGAAUGAGACUUAUUUGGAAAGCAUCCAAGAAAAAGAAAAGGAAAUAGAUACAUUGAAAGAAAUAAACAGAGAAAAAGAAGUGAAUGAAAAGAAAAUCGAGGCUGAGCUACAGAAAUUAGAAGGAAUUACAGAUUCACAAGAAGAUGAAAUUUCCGUGUUAAAAGAAAAAUUAGAUGAUACUGAAGAAAAAUACAACGCUAUGGAAGCAACGAUGCAAAAUGCUUACGCUGAAAUCAACAAACUAAAUCUUGAGAAAGCUCAAAAAGAUUCAGAAGUGCAGGAAGCAUCAGUAGCAGUUCAAGCGAAGGAAGAACUCGAACAAAAACUCAAAGAACUCGAGAAAAAAACCAAGUAUGGGAAUGAAGAACUUGUAGCACAGCUCGAAGACUUACAGAACGCUUACCAGCGAUUAGAACAGCAAUCUGCUCGCAAAGAGGAUAAACUGAAACAUGAAAUUCAAGAUCUACACUCGAGAUUGGAAGAAGGAGAGAAUCGAAACCAAGAACUUUCAACAAGCGUUACAGCAGCGACUCGACCUUUGCUUCGACAGAUUGAAAACCUGCAGAGUAGUCAUGCCAACCAAGCGGACAAUUGGGAACGUGUCGAAAAAAGUUUAACUGAACGACUUGGUAACCUGCAGCAUCAACUUGCUUUGGCGUCAGAGAAAGAAAGAUCAGCAUCUGAGAUCGCUACUGAAUUGAAAUCAAAAUACAAAGCAUUGAAUAUUCAGUACCAUACUGUAAAAGAAGAAAAAACGAAACUUGAAUCAUCAUUGGAAGAUGAAACUAAUCGAAAUAAAGAAUUGAAAGAUGGUUGGAAUAGAGAAAAAAUGAAUCUCGAAAAACAAGUAACAAAAUUGAAAACUUUAUACGAAGGAUUGCACAACGAAAAGAUCUUUCUGGAAGACCAACUAUCUGCGGAGAAGGCUAAAUACGACAAUGAUAUGUUUCAACUCAACUCUCGACUUGCCCAACAACAACAACAACAGCAAACGGUGCAAGCGAUAAGUCGACAAAGCAGUCACGAUUCACUUCCCACGGAAGAAGAUCGCGUCGUACAUAGAAAUGAAUCUUUUAACAGCACAUUUAGUCAUCAACGAAAUAUGUCGACAUCGAGUAGUCUCCACGAGAGUUUUCACAACGACAGCAUGAUGCGAACAACCACCACAGCGUCGUUUGAACACAUACAAAGUCAACUCCGAAAGCGCGAAGGCGAAGUGUAUGUCCUGCAGGAAGAAAUACAAUCGUUAGAAAAGACAAAAGCAUCUUUGGCGCAAGAGCUCGUCUCGCUUGCAAAUAAAGUCGAAGAGCUGGAAAAUCAUGUUGCUGAAUUAUCUUGCUACAAAGAAAAACAUGACGAGAUGCAAUCACGCUACAGCGCAGUCUUACAAAUGUACGGUGAGAAAGCUGAAGAAGCAGACGAACUAAGGAUGGAUUUAGAUGAUAUUAAAAAUAUGUACAAACAACAGAUUCAAGAUUUACUUGGUGACAGGUGACAUCAAUGAAUAGUGGACUGAAUUUAUUUUUAUAUGUUGAAUUUUCUCUCGUAAAUCACGGUGAAUCUUAAAAUGAAUUCCCAGAGGUGUGCAUAAGAAAAAUUAGAAACUUUAGAUUUUUUUCGUAAAACAUUUCGUUAUCCUCCUUCUUGUGAUUUUCUUUUCAUCCUUUGUGCUACUACCACGGCUAUUAUACAAUUUUUUUUUUGGUUGUAAGGGGGAAGUGUGAGUCGAGUGUGUAGUUUGUACGAAACUAUAUUUAUACUUUUACAUAUUAUCUUGUUUUAUUUUGUUUUAUAAGCACGUUUUUAGCAGGUACACGUUUUAGCAGCUACACGUCUAACGUCUACACGUCUUAAACUCUUAUACCCCGUACACACGUGCGUUAAAAAGGCCGACAUGGGGUCAUACCGUCUAUUUGCCGUAACAUUUAUUGGCCAUAAAUUGUGAUCAUAGAACUUUAAGAUAUCAAAAAAGAAACUCCUAUUAGAGAAAAUAAAAGUGAUUUUCCACCCAUGUCUAUCAGUAUCGUAACUGCAUACAAGAAUUCGGGCUUUAAUAAUGAAAGAUUGUCGACGAAAAAAUAUAGUACUUUCAGUUUCGCGAGAAAAGCUUCGCAUGUUAGUGUGAAAGUAUGCCCUUUGUUUUGUUCGCUUUCCCUUGAUUAUUUCUUAAAAUUUCAACCGCGUGUUAUUCGGUCUCGUUAUUUACAAGCAAUAAUCAAAAGAUUACAGAAGGUUUAAUUUGUUCGGUAGUAAACUUGUAAUUAUAUUUCAAAUAUUGUAUUUGUAUUUUCUGGUAAGAUAAUUUAUUAGAAUCGUUA